AUGAAAUAUUCAAAUUUAUUAUUUAUUUUAUUUGUUUUAACAUUGUUAUCACUUAAUCAAAAUUCAAAAGUCGAGUGCUCUCCCUCUCCUGUUAAGUUCCCAAGUAUAUUUGGAGGAGUCAAGAAUGCCAUUGCUACAGGAGCAUCUGUUUUCGUUCCAAUGAUCCCAGGGUCCCCACCACCAUUGUCAGGUGCCAUUGUCAAUUCUUUGUUCCCAAACCAAAACGAUCCUCAAGCAGUAUGGAACAGUAUCCUAGUCUAUUCUCAAGCUGCAAUUGACAAUAAAAUUGAUAAUGCAACCUAUGCUUUGGUUCAAUCAGAGUUAGUAGGAUAUUCUCAAUUGAUGAACGAAUACUACUUAGCUUCCAUGUCAGAUCAAGAUUCUACACCAGAGUACCUAAGUUCUGUUUACAUUUCAUGUGUUACUCAAGUGAUUCGUCUAGAACAACUCUUUAAAACUCAACAAUUCCAAGCAUUACUCUUACCAUUAUUUGCUCAGUUUGCUAAUCUAUAUUUAUCUUUGAUUCGUGAUGGCGUAAAUUAUGGAAAUCAAUUGGGAUGGAGUCAAUCUGUUAAAACUAGGUAUGAUACUUUGAUGGAAUCAAAGAUUAUCAGUUAUGCCGAGUAUUCCGAUUCUGUAAUCAAUACUCAUAUUAAAUCCUUAGAAUACUAUGAAACUAUUAGAUAUCCACCUCAAUUAUGGAAUCAAAUUUCUGAUCAACUUAAUCAUUUCUAUGUAUCAGUAACAGCAUUUUCCUACAAUUGGAAAUAUUUUGAUAUCAAUAUAUAUAGAAAUGGUGUAUCGAUUAGUCCAGUCUCUCAUAUUUUAUUAUCAAAUCUUGCUGGGGUUUUUAAUAAACAAGAUGAUUGCAUAUAUUCUGCAUGUAAGAAAUUGCAAAGACCAGAGGUAGUUGCAGCAAAAGUAUCAUCGACAAGAAUGAUGUCAAAAAUCACACCAUAUUUUGACAAUGAUAAUGGAAUGAUUGGACUCUUCAUUGAAUAUAGUGAUGGAUCUACAAAGUUAAUUGGACGUUCUUCAGGACCAUAUUCAUUUUCCCAUCCAACUACAAUUUUAAGACAAGUUCCAAUUGUUUCAGUAUCUGUGUCCACUUCUCCAUCUCAUACUUUUGGUAUCACAUUCACAUAUAUUGAUUCUAUUCAAGUAACCAUCGGAUUCGGUCCCAAUACUCAACAAUUUGAUUCAUCAUACCCAGGUCAAUGUGUUGUCGAUAUUGUUGACCCAGGAUUUGAAGGAGCAGAUGUAGGAUAUUUGAUUGGUCUAUCGAUUGCAUUUGAUGAUAUUGAUUACCGUUUCCCAGUUUCCUCAUCCCCAAUUGCUGUCUCACAAUAUUAUUAUCUAGAUUCUAAUGGUGAAACUAGAUAUCAAUACAAGCAAAGUUCUUCAUCAUGGUCAUUUGGAGGAUAUUCAUUCAAAGCAUUCCAAGUUCCAUAUUCUAUAAUUAUGGAUCCAACAACAGCUUUUGUUAAUUCAACUGAUAAAGAUAGAAUUUUUGUUUAUCGAUUCAAAUUCACUCAAUCAAAUGGUGAUAGAUUCUAUUAUACAACCGAUAGUUCAUUCACUUCAAGUGGUUGGGUGUAUGAUGGCAUUCCUUUCAAAGUAUAUAGUGAAUCUAAUGUGGUAAUUCCUACAAUACCAGUUUACAGAUAUUCAAGAACUCAAGUUCCAUCUUUAGGAUCAGGAGUAGUUUAUGGAUAUUCGACAGUUCAAAAUAUGUUAGGUUGGACAAAAGAAGGUAUUGUUUGGUAUUCAACAAGUGAUUCAACACCAUCUUUCCUUUCAUAUCAAGAUCUUGAAUAUAAGAUGAUUCAAAAUGUUGGAUCACAGAAAUGCUUGACAGCACCAACAACAUCUGGAUCAUCAGUAACACUUUCAACAUGUGAUCAAUCGAAUCUCCAACAAUUCUGGUAUUUGAAAUAUGAUUCAUUUGGACCACAUCUUUACAAUCCAAAAACAAAGAUGUAUUUGAACAGUCAAACAACGACAUUGAUUGGAACAACAUCGAUUCCACAAAACAAUUUUAAUAUUCUCAAUCAAUUAACAAAUGGACAAUACACAAUUCAAGAAUAUAUUUCUUCAUUAUGUCUUCAACUCAAUAUUGUCUCAAAUAUUGUUGAAUUCAAAACAUGUGAUUCAUCAAAUCAAAAUCAAAUUUGGAAUUAUCCAAGUUCAGUUUUAGUUGAAAGUUCGAAAUCAAUUCCAUUGUUCCCAGGUGCAUGUUUAGAUUCACUUGGAUUGAAAUGUCCAACAACACUUCCAGAAGGUAAAACACUCAAAACUUCAAGUUUAUCUCUAACAAUGAAUUCAAAUGGAUACUUAACACUAAAAUAUGGAAGUUCCGAAGUAUAUUCAUUGGGUGUAACAUCUUCAACAUCAGGACCAUAUUCAAUUACAAUUCAAUCAGAUGGAAAUGUUGUUUUGAAUGGUAAAUCUGGAACCUAUGCAGGAAUUGGAUGUUGGAAUCUUGGAGGUCAAUAUCUCAAUCUUCUUGAUAGCAUUUAUGGUUUACCAUAUGGAUUGAUCGUUCAAAACAAUCAAAACAAGAUGAUUUGGUCGAAAUUAGGAUAUCCAACAUCAUUCAAAAUUGGAUUGAUUCCAGGUUCAUUCAUUGACAACCAAGAUUCAACAAAUAAUUAUCUUGGAGUCAAUGAAUUCAUCACCAAUGGAAGAGAUUAUUUGAUUGUCAAGAAAAUAGCUCCUGGUAAUUCCCAUGGUGCAUAUUUAUAUGGUGGAAAUCCUAACUAUGGAGGUCUCACUCCUCUAUGGAAAUAUGAAUAUUCGAAUAUAUUACAAGAAGAUCUCAGAAUGUACGUUCAUUAUAAUGGUGAUACCAAUACUUUUUGUAUGGUCAACUCUAUAACAGGAACAUACUCUUGUCAUUUAUUUGGAAAAUGGAACACACCAAGCAUUCAAUCAUCUCGAUAUCUCCAACUUCCAGCACCAGGAAGUGACCAACCAACAGAUUGGGCAAUUGCAUUGCGUUCAGGAACAGGAUCUUUGACAUAUGGAUAUUUUGGAAACUCCAAAGCUUUUGGAAACUUUGCACUUCAACCAAAUACGAACACUUUAUAUCAAAAUAGAUUCCUAAGUAUCCAAAUCAAUCAAAACAAAUAUUAUAUUAAGAAUAUGUUCACAAACCAGAUACUUCAAGAAUCACCCGCAAAUCUCCAAAUAUGUAACCAUGCUUGGUCAUCCACUGGAAUUUAUCAAUUGAUCUAUGAUACAACAACCACUUGCUCGUCCAAUGCCAAGACAAUGAUUGAUUCAAGUGGACCUCCAAAUGAUCGUUCAUUUGAAACCGGUAGAUCGAUAAUACUUCUUCCAUCAAUGCCAGAAUUAGUUGUAUCUGAUAAAUUCUAUAAUACAUAA